UUCUUCUUCUUCUUAGCCAUUGUCAUUCCCCUCGCAAUUGCCAGUUUUUGCCUCCAUCCCCUCUCACACUUUAUCUACCUCCUGUUAGCUCCUGGUGUUGUUGCUUCAGUCACCUCUCUUGUCUGAAAUACGUAAGUCGCAAGUUGGUUGCAGGUGUUUUGGGUGUCCCCCCCCCCCUAGGUUGUGGAAUUUGCGAGCACCUGGAGCAUGGUUCAGAGAUCGGUUUGUUGUAGUUGGGAAGGGUUCGGUGUUUGUUGUGUGGGUUUGAGCUGUUGUGAGAGAGAGGGUCUGGUUGCGGUUGUUGGGGGGAUUGCGUUCGACUUGGAGGAACUUGUCGAUAAGCUCUUGAAGGGGAAGAGUGGCGUGGCAGCGGGUUUAAAUUUGGAAAUCGGGGCCAGUGGUGGUAAUACUGGUUAGGUCGCACGCUUUCGGUGAUUUCGACGUUCUGGCGCCUUGUUCACCGUGGAUGCGGAUGGUAUUGUCGUUUUGGUGCUUGUGGGCGAGUUAGUGAGUGAGUGACGGAGGAUUGGUGUAACGAACAGACGGGAAGGGUUCUUGUGGUGUCAACCUCACGGUUGAGUCAGUUCAAUCGCACUGUUGCAUCUCACAGUUGGGGGGGUUUUCUGAAAGGAUUUGUGAUCAUCGACGAUCGUUACAAAAUCUAGGCGAUCGGCACUGAAUUAGUGAAUGGAGCCGGAGAAUCUCGCCGCUAGUGCGACUUGUCUCCUGUAAGACUGGCAAGAAUUUAUUAGGAUCGAAUUGUGUAAUUCAGACGGCCGCUUCUGAUGGAUAUUUGUACAAAGAGGGUAUGGUCUAAAAUGACUAGCGACGACAAAAUUGAGGCGACAGAACGCGACGUCCAGAUUCUGCAAGAGUUACCGGAUCACCUCGCCAUGGAAUGCCUAGCCCGAGUUCCUCUUGACAACCUGCAUGGAGUGAGCAAGACUUGGGAAGACGUCAUCUACGAUCCCUACUUCCAACGCCUCAGGGCGGCGAAUGGAAGUACGCAGUUGGACUGGAUUUAUGCGUUGGUGCAGAUGCAGGACAAAUCUUUCAAGUGGCGCGCGCUCGACCCUCAUUCCUCGCGGUGGCACGACCUGCCCCCGCCGCCACACGACAUGGAGUUCCAGCUCUUCAAUCCGGGCUGCAUUGGCGUAUCCUACACCGUGCAGUGCGUCAGUACGAGCUCCAAACUCGUCAUGAUUGCCGGAGUCAAAGCUAGAAAAGACGGCCAGCCCCGGAUGACCGUGGAGCCCGCGCUCGAUCACCCUUACAUUUUUGACACCCGCACGAGCCUCUGGAAGCGAGGCUCGCCGUUCAAGGUGCCUCGCAAGUGGUGCGUCUGCGGGGUCGUCGAUGAGAAGGUGUAUGUCGCCAGCGGCUCUGGGAAGGAUUGGAGCCAAGAGCUCUCCAAGUCGGCAGAGGUUUACAACCUAGAGAAUGACAAGUGGGAGGCGCUGCAAAACCUGUCAACUUCGAAGUUCAGCGGGGAGGCCAUGAACGCUGUCUCGAAUAACAACAAGUUGUAUUUUGUGAGCGGGCGGGGAGUAUUUUCCAAAGAGGGGGUUGUCUACGACAUCAUUACUCAGUCGUGGUCGGAGAUGUCACCUGGUUUGAAGCAAGGAUGGAAGGGUCCCUGCGUAGCGGUGAACGGGAAAUUUUACCUAAUCGAAACGCCGGCCGGGAAGCUGAAGGUGUAUGCCCCGGAGCGAGACGAGUGGGAUAUCAUCAUGGUGGAUUCGCGGCUGGCGAAUUUGGAGGUGCUCAUUGGAACUAAAGGGAAGAUUGUUGCCAUCGAGGCGGCGUCUUUGAAGGAUGAUGAGACAAAUCCGGGGGUUUUGCGAGUGAUAGAUAUUGCUUCGGAUGCACCCCAAAUCCUCGACAUUCCCGUGCAAGAGGGCCAGGUCGUCUGCGUCCAAGUGCUAGCCAUGAUGAACCAGCCAUCAAAGCUGGAGAGAGGGCAAUCUUAUUUUUAAAUGGAUUCCUCUUGUUGACAAGUUGAUUGCUUGAGGAGGGAUCCCGGAACGAUUCGAGAAAGGAGCGUGCAACUAUGCCAUGCUUCUACAGCGGCAUUUUAGCUGCGGAAACCAGUUUUGCAAAAUUGCAACCCAUCAUCGUCUUGCUGAGUUGAGCUCCGUGUCCAGAGAUGGGCAUAUCCGCAAUCAUGUCAGGAGGUGAACCUGGUGCUUGCGUGGGCGAUGAAGCUCAGUAGUCGACGUUUGUUAAUCCCAUCGAUUAGUUGUCGGCGAAUUUUAGACAGUACUCCAAUACUCACAGCAAUCUGUACAUUACAUCUGUCGUAAAGAACUUUUUGAGCUCUUUUACACUUUGUA